AUGGACGGGCCGGGCUGGGCCGCGGAGCCCGGCGAAGGGGCGAGCGAUGGGGCGGACGAUGGGGCGGGCGAGCCCCGCCGGCCCUGGCCCCUCGAGAAGGGUACAGUCCACCCGGCAGAGCCGCGGUGCGGAACGCCCCCGGCCAGCCCGCGGCCGACCCCCACGGGCCUGCCCACCCUCCUGGCCUACAGGCCCGAGUCCUCCCAGGCAGCCGUACACCACGAGGCAGAGGAGGACGCUGAGCCAACCUGCGAGUUCUGUGGCAACCUGCUGAGGCCGUUCCCCUUCUCCGAGGACGUCCCUCUCUCUGAGGACCAGGCAGAUAGAUUCUGCUGCGAGUGCAGCCGAGAGCUCUACGAGUUCAUCGUGAAGGAGAGGAAGAGGCUCGAGGAUGCCAGCAACCUUCACAGAGCUGUCAGCAGCCAGGAAUCACUCGGUUCUGACACCAACCUGCUGCUGUCAAAGGGGCAAGAGAACUGCAGGCAGCAAAAAAGACAGCUGGCCAGAGAGUUGGCUGACCAGUCUUUAAAGCCAAGUGCCACUGAAGGUUCACAGCAAGCUGGAUCCAUUUCCUAUGAGCUUUCUCCAGAAUUCACAUCUCCCACAAGCGGGACACCAGAGCCUGCUGUGAGUGCACUUGAGCCAGAGCCCUGGCCAAAGGAGGAGCCCGAGCCGGAGUCCUGGCCCAAGGAAGAGCUUGAGCCAGAGCCCUGGCCAAAGGAGGAGCCCGAGCCGGAGCCCUGGCCCAAGGAAGAGCUUGAGCCAGAGCCCUGGCCAAAGGAGGAGCCCGAGCCGGAGCCCUGGCCCAAGGAGGAGCUUGAGCCAGAGCCCUGGCCAAAGGAGGAGCCCGAGCCGGAGCCCUGGCCCAAGGAAGAGCUUGAGCCAGAGCCCUGGCCGAAGGAGGAGCCCGAGCCAGAGCCCUGGCCCAAGGAGGAGCCCGAGCCGGAGCCCCUGCCUGAGGAGGAGCCCAGUCUUGAGAAGGAGCCCAGGCCUGAGGAGGAGCCCCAGACGGAACCCCAGCCCAAAGAGGAGCCCAAGCCCAAGAAAGAGCCUAAGCAGGACAAGGAGCCCAUAUCCCGCGGAGUCCUCUGCUACAAUUUCAGUCUUCUGGGGAAGAAGGUGGGGAAGGCUAAAUUGGUGCAGAAGUACUACAAAAAUGGAAAGAAAUUCCUUACCAUGCUCCCAGAUGGAACCUCGCAGUUAUUCUACCCAUCUGGAAACCUGGCCAUCAUCAUUAUACGAGGGAGGGACCAGCUGAUUUGCAUAGUACAGGAAGAUGAGCUGAGGACAACCAAAAUCCGAGCACUGUUUCAGUCUGACGGGAGGAGCACGUGCUAUUACCCCAAUGGAGAUGAGUGGAUAAAUAUGAGUAUCCAGGGUGGGCAGUAUUUGGACCAAGCAGGCAACAGGGUCAGAAGGUGGAUGUGGCCAGACUUGUCUCCAGGACCCCAUGUGCCACUGAGCCCCAUUUUCAUCUCCCUGAACCGCCACGUGGGGGUCAGGAUCCUGGCCCAGGACAAGAUCUUCGUCUCCUUCCUCGCCAAGGGGCGACAAGCAAAAUUCAACAUGGGAUCCAAAGUACAGGUCAGCGCCGCCAGCCAGCUGCCUCCUCCUGCCCGGUUGGGAGAGGAUGAGCUCCUGCUGCUCGCCUUCCGUGUGAGGAUCCUGCAGCUCUUCGACAGGAUGCGGGGAUGCAUCAACUUCCCUUCCAGUGAGCAGUGGAACAAAAUGCAGCCUCCCCUGUACCUUAUGACCCAGGCUGUGAAGAUCCUAGAGCUCUGCACAGCUGCUGACAUCAGUGAUGAGCUGCGCAGCUCCAUCAAGGCGAUAGUAAACGCACAGUAGCUCUGAGCAGCGUGUGUGGUGUAAGGCAAAAUGAGCCAGAGAAAUCCCUGAUGCUGGGGCAGCUGCAUGUGCUCAGCAAGGUUUCUCCUCAGGGCCUGCCCUGCCCUGGUGCAGAGCAAAGGGCACAGCCCCUGCUGGGUCUUGUCAGGGCAGGCAGUGCCAGCCCACACUACUGACACCUUGGUCACAGAGGCAGGAGAGGGCUUUGCUGCAGCAGAGCAAUCCCGUGCUCCACAGCAGUGCACUGCUCCUGAGCAGCCUCCCUUCUGUCUCCAGCCCUGGCUGAGUAGC